CAAAUGUUUCGAUCCAUCCAUCACACCCGCAUUUGGUAAAUCGUUUUUUGUUGUUUUCAUCUCGAAAACCAGAUCAAAUUAGAUUGUUUUAGUGAAUGUAAGAGGUAGAGUGCACAAAUUUAUCACACAAAAUAUGACUACUGUACCGCUAGAAACCGUCCGUGCCGAAGACUACGUAGAAUAUUAUUUAUUUCCGGAUCUAAAAUCCAAUUUGCCCGUUGAAAGUGUUCUGCAAACGAUGAUUCAACAAAUAAAUACCAUUGCGGAUCGUUUCUGCGAAAAAUACAUUUGGCACAAAGACGGUUUCAGGGUGACACCGCGAUAUGGCAAUGCUGCUUUGCUGAUUGAGAAUCAAUUGGAUAAUUGCGAUGAACUACCAGCUCACAUUUAUGGCAUUACGCAUUUCGAAGAGAAUAUUCAAGAUGAAUGGUUCAUCGUUGCGUUACUGUUCGAGAUUUCAAGGCAGAUACCAGAUAUCAUUGUUCGCGUUGCUGAUGCGGAUGGGGAGUUCAUUUUGAUUGAGGCUGCGGAAUAUCUACCGAAAUGGGCCAAUCCGGAAACGUGUGAACAACGGCUCUACAUUUACGACGGUUGUCUGCAUCUGGUCCAAAAUUCACCAACAAACACAACAGCCACACUACCCGUAUCGCAAGCAAUCAACAAAAUUCGCAACAAUCCAACGCUGUACAAAGUAACCCAAGACAUAACCGACUGUAUUGCACAACGAUUAGACAAGUUUCCGUCUCGAAUCACCGACGAUCUGCAUAAAGCGACCGUUUAUCUGCCGUUGUCAGCCGCAUGCCUCCUGAAACACAAGCCACAAUUCGUCGCUGAUGCCAUCCGUGCAUUUUGCCAUCGCGAUCAAAUCGAUAUGAAGGCCUGUCGGGCUAUGAAGUAUUUUCCGCCCGAGAAUCGAGUGUAUUCCAGUGUUGUUAUGACGAAGUGUUUGUAUGCGAUGCUAAUGCACAAUCCGUUCGUCCCGGAUCGACGAACGGGCUGGAAUAUACCGCCGCAAAAUAAUGCCAGAUAUAAGGCACAUAUGUUGGGUGUUAAAUUGGCAUGCGGUUUCGAGAUAUUGGCGUCACAAGCGAAGCCCGAUCAAGAUAUAACGACAAGCACAGCGUGGCAGAAAUAUUUGAAGUCGUUAAUUGAACGGGGCUACUUUCAAGAGUACCUGGAGCAUUCAAACGAUUACAAUCGAUUGCUGGAAUCGGCUAAAGAGUACUUUAGGACCAAUGUGCAUAGCAUUUCGUAUGGAUUGGAGGUGGGCAACAAUUUACUGGAAACGCUGAAGAAAAUUGAUUGUUGUUCGGAUGACUUUCCAACAGACAACGACGGGGCGGAUAGUGACAGCGAUGAUUGGCUGAAUGUGUCGCCAGAAGAGCUAGACAAAAUGUUAAAUGCUCAGUACGGAAUGAAAAAAGUAUUCUCUUCCAACGGUAAUGCGGAUGCGUCAGAGCUAGCUGACAAUCUCACCGAUUUCCUGAAUAAAAAGUCAGAAUUCGACGGAAUUGAUAUUGAUGUGAAGCCAAUACCGCCAAAACGAGGCAUCAAGAAAGGAGCGACAGUGAAAUUCGAAGAUCACAGUUCUUCCAAUGGUACCGAAUCAGAGUCCACCACUCAAAUUGACUUCAAUCCGGACGCCUUUCACACGCACAUCAAAGAAAUGCUGGACCUAAUAAUUCCCGAGGAUAACUGGGAAUCGAAUUCGGAUAUGAGCGAUUUUGCCGACGAUGACGAUUUGGAGAAGAACAUUGAGGCUAUGGCUGGCAGUCUUCGUGGCGAUAACAUUAACAUUAAAACGUACAUGGACCAAAUGGACAAAGAACUGGCUGCCACCACGAUCGGUAAAAGUUUUGAGAAAAAAGCGACCGAUGACGGUUUCGACGACAUUGAAGAUUUCGAGCCGGUCGACAUUGAUGUGAAUGCCUUGAAAAAUAUCGCUCAGAGCUACCAAUCGCAGUUCGGUGGACCGGGACCUGCGACUAGCCUCCUGGGAUCGAUGGGAAUUCAAUUCAAAUCCAACGACAAUCAGCCAGAUGAUGCACCGUUGUACAAUACACAGGUUUAGUGGAUUGACGUCGCAGCGGUCUGUGGAGUUUUCUUUCUGGUUAUUAUUUUACGUGAAUCAAAUCGAAUUUAUGUUUGUGCUCAUCGCCAAACAUGUUAUCAAAAUGACCAUUUAAUGAGCUUUGCUUUAAGCAUACUGAUACUUCUGUAAGAUAGUCCUAAGUGUCUUCAUUGUUGUCGAGUCAAGACUACGGUUUAUAAAUACAGUUUUUGAUUGCCGCA